GGGAAAUUUUGAUUUAAUGUUACUGAUUCAAAACAGCAUAAAAAUAUAUUCUUCUACUUGUUGUGUCUAAUCUCAAAAGUCUAAUUCAUCUAGACAUCUUCCAAGAGGAUUUUUUCUCAUGUAGUUUGUAUACAGAUAUGUUUCUGUUUCUCUGUAAAUGAUCAAAAACCAUAAUCUCUCCACUUUCCCCUCUCAUUGUAAAUACUAAUAUCAUUAUAUUAUCUUCUAUCUAUCAGCAAAUCAUGAGUAGAGAAGCACCGCAUAAAUCCAUGGGAUUUUUCGGCAUGUACAUGGAUGCCUGUAAAAUUACAGUCUUAUGGAAAAAAUUAUUCUCACAGAUUGUUUUGGCUACAAUCCUCCCUCUAACUAUCCUUUAUUUGUCUGACAUCCAAAUUUCUAAGUUCAUUCUUGGCAAUACGUUUCAAGACAACAAAAGAACCAAAUGGAUUGCUUUCGGCAUAACCAGAUUCGUCUACUCAAUCCUCAUCCUUAUUUUCUACUUGUUCUCAACUUCUAGUGUAGUGUAUUCAGUUUGUUGUUUCUAUACCUCAAAAGAUCCCAACUUGAAGAGAGUUGUUGGUAUAUUUUCUAAGGUAUGGGGAAGGCUUUUGGUAACAUUCUUGUUGCUUUUCUUCAUCUUGGCAAUAUGCACCACUGUGUAUCUCGGAUUGAUAUUAUUGUUUGUGGCAAGCUUUCAUGGGCGAAAAGUAUUGGCUUUUAUUAUUUGUCUUACAAUUCCUUACUUCAUUGUGUUUCUUUACAUGACUACUGUUUGGAAUAUAUCUAUGGUAAUCUCAAUACUGGAAAAAGAUUACGGUAGAAAAGCGUUGGUCAAGAGUAUGAGAUUAAUUAAGGGAAAGAUAUGGGUUUCUUCUUUCAUCUUUAUUGCAGUGGAAGUCAUUUUUACGGGUAUGAGUAUUGGAUUCUAUUCGAUGGUGCUUGGGAGAAAAAAACUGAAUUUGGUGGGUAAGAUAUUUGUGGGCAUCAUUUGGUAUCUGUUAUCUGCUUAUUUUCUUCAUUUUUAUCUUGUAAUACAAGCAGUCGUCUAUUUUGUCUGCAAAUCCUACCACAAUGAGGACAUAUCAAACGUUGCUGCACACCUAGAAGUUUCUCAUGAAAGUUUUGUUAGGGGAAAUGAAAGAGUUUAGUUCGUCUCUGUUUGAUGCUCGUUAUUUUUGAUUAACU